CAAUCUAUCUAUUUGUAUUUUGUUUUGCAGGCUGGAGUCUUAUCAACAGGGAAUUUAAAUUAUUACAUAGAACCUUUAGAUGAACCGGAAAAAAAUGGAGAACAUCUCCAUAUUGUCUAUAAGAGAUCUUUGUUACACCCAGAAGAAAGUCACACUUGCCAAACCGAAGGAGAUUGGUGGAAUUCUUGGGCCCAGGAAAUGUACCGCGUCAUGAUAGAGAACAAAACGCGGACAGUUCGCUCAGACCCAAGGCUUAGUGUCCCCAGAUAUUUGGAAUGCUGCGUUAUAAGUGACUUAAAGUUUAUCGAUCACCAUAAAGCUAGGGAUGUUGAAGAAUAUGUUCUUACAAUUAUGAAUAUAGUUUCGAAUUACUAUCAUGAUGCCUCGAUUGGUCAUCUCAUCGACGUGGUAGUUGUCCGGCUUGUACACCUACAUAAAGAAAAAGAAGAGUUAGACUUGGACAUUAGUCCAAAAGCUGCAGAAGCACUGGACAGUUUGUGUAAAUGGCAGCUUGGCUUGAACCCCAAGGAUAAAGGACACCCUAACCAUCAUGAUCUGGCAGUCCUCCUCACCAGGCAUGAUUUAUGUUCAACGGGUAAAGCUGCUUGCGGCCUACUCGGCUUAGCCUAUGUCGGAACAGUGUGUAAUACCCAAAGGGCUUGUAGUAUAAAUGAGGAUACUGGUUUGUCUCUGGGACCAACUGUAGCGCAUGAAAUGGGGCAUAACAUGGGCUGCCACCACGAUGUUGUUUCUGACAAUGGAUGUUCAGGGAAGUUACCUGAUGGAUCUGGUACUGUCAUGAAUCCUUCAGUAGGUGCGGUGACCACUGAAUGGUCAAACUGCAGUAAAAGUUUUAUUGCCAAUUUAUUAUCGAAUCGGAUGGGUGAGUGUCUAUUAAACGAACCAAAGGACCAUAACUACCCAGUGCAAGAUUUACUGGUUGGUGCAAUUUAUGAUGCGGAUCAGCAAUGCAAAUUUGUCUUUGGCGAUAACUAUGUUCACUGUAAAAUCGGAGGGGAUAAAUUUUGUGACAAACUUUGGUGUAAGGAAAUCGGUGGAGGAAAAUGUUUCUCUCGAGGACAAAUUGUCUCAGAUGGCACAAGCUGUGGCCAGAAUAAGUGGUGCUAUCAAAAACUGUGUAUACCCAUCGGUGAGCGCCCAACCGCUAUCGAUGGUGGCUGGUCAGAUUGGGGAACUUGGACCGACUGUUCCAGGACUUGCGGAGGAGGCGUUUCUAUGAGGCAGAGGCUCUGUAACAAACCCACGCCUAGCCAUGGGGGCCGUUAUUGCACUGGUGUGAAACAUGAAUACAAGAUUUGUAAUUCCAAAGACUGCAGUGAACGUGAGCCAACAUUUAGGGAAUUGCAGUGUACUCAGCAAAAUGAAAUCCCAUUCAAGGGGCAAUUACACAAAUGGACACCCUUCACCGCUCCUGACAGUGAUCCAAAUCCAUGUGCUCUUUACUGUGUCAAUGAGAGGCGAUCUUUGGUAAAACUUCAGCCAAGGGUAAAAGAUGGCACUCGUUGCAGAGCAGGAAGUAAGGAUACAUGCAUUCACGGAGCCUGCAUUCCAGUUGGCUGCGACUGGGUCAUAGAAUCGCACUCUGUCGAAGACAUUUGUGGUGUUUGCAAUGGUGAUGGAACAACUUGUAGGCUUGUUAAUGAUACAUUUAACUCUGCUAAAGGAGUUGGCUACGUUAAAGUUGUAACCAUUCCUAAGGGCAGUACAAAUAUUGAUAUAGAAGAACUUGCUCCCUCUGACAAUAUACUUGCUGCUGGAAACAGUGAAAAAGUUUACUUUAAUGCUAAUAACACUGAAAAACCUCCUGGUGAAUUCAAUAUAGGAGGAGUCAUCGCAUUAUAUACUAAACCGGAAGAAGACCGGGAAGAAUUACAUAUAAGGGGUCCUACAAAAGAAGACAUAAUUUUCUAUUAUGUUUACUUUAAAGACGAGAAUCCUGGUGUGAGAUAUGUCUAUGCAUCUCCUGUUCCUCAGCCAGAUUUUACCCCUAUCUAUCGAUGGGAGUUUCUUGAAUGGGGAGCUUGUUCUGCCAGAUGCGGAGGAGGAAGUGAGAUUUGUAAACCGAGUUGUAUUGAACAGACUCACGGUAAAGUUAAUGAGAAUUCAUGUGAUGCCAAGAGUAAACCUGAACCUUUAACAAGGACUUGCAACUUACAGAAAUGCCGAACAAAGUGGAAAACCUGGGGUUGGGGUCCUUGUUCUGGCUGUAUGUAUAAAACAGGAGAAAGGAAAAGACAAGUGGAAUGCGUAAUGGAACUUCCAUCCCAUAGUGAUGGUGACGAAAUCAUAGUUGAUGAAAAAGAAUGUUGUACCCCGAAACCGAUUACGAAAGAACUCUGCAACUCAUCCAAACCUUGUAAUUCUUCUGCAACAAAAUUGAUGAAGGAAGUACACGGAAGAGGAUGGAAUAGUGAUCUGGAUGAAAGCUUCUACAAAUUUCUGUAUAAUACAUCUGGUGUCACAGAUAUUGUAAAAAAUUUUGUCAAGAGAUCGGACAAACAAUGGUUGAACUCGACUACUAAUAAUUCAGUACCAAUCAUUGAAGAUAAGAUGGAUCCAAAGGAUUUUCUAUUAUAUAUGGUAAAUCAAUCAGAAUGUGGUAAUGAAAUCUUUAACUUGACUGAAGUCGAAUUCGAAACGGUAGGAGACAGCAUUCCUACAUUUAAUAUGGGAAAUCAAACGGUAAUAAGAGGAGAAGAGGCAAUUAAUUUUUUUAAGAAAACCGUACAAGGAAUUGAAAAAAUUCUUAAGUCAAGAACUGCAAUUUCUUCAACAGUUAAUACCAAAGAUGUUCAAUUAUUGGAUUAA